AUGCAGAUCACUUCAAGUCUGUUGCCUGUUUUUUCAAUGAAUGGAGAUUUUGUGAUUGGAGGGAUUUUCUCCAUUCAUUACUACACAAAAACAGAACAGAACAGCUAUACAAGGCUGCCAACACAGCCACAGUGCUCUGGAAGCAUGGACUUCAGGGAGCUGCGCUUCUCCCGUGCCUUGGAAUUUACCAUCCGUGAGAUCAACAAUAGAACCGAUCUCCUGCCGGGCAUCGCGUUAGGCUACCAGAUAUACGACUCAUGCUCUACGGUGCCAAUGUCAAUUAAAGUUGCAUUUCAGUUUGCAAAUGGCUUGGAACCCGUUUUCAACAAGACUAGUUCUUGUACAAAAUCUGCAUCUGCCGCUGUACCUGCUGUCGUAGGAGAUUCUUCUUCAACCCCGUCAAUUGGCAUGACUAGAACGCUCGGUCUUUUCGGAAUUCCACAGGUGAGUCAUUCAGCAACCUGCGCGUGUCUGAGCGAUAAGAGUCAGUUUCCUGCCUUCUUUCGGACGGUACCUAGCGACCAGCACCAAGCGGCCGCAUUGGCGAGAAUGGUUAAGUAUUUUGGCUGGACAUGGAUUGGAGCAGUGCGCAGUGACACGGACUACGGAAACUACGGAAUGGCAGCGUUCCUAAAGGCUGCGCAGGAGGAAGGGAUCUGUGUGGAGUACUCCGAGGCCUACUACAGGACACAAUCGCGCAGUAAACUGGAGAGAGUGGCAAACGUCAUCCGCAGAUCCACGGCCCGAGUAAUAAUAGCGUUUGUUAAUAUAGGUGACAUGAGGUUUAUUCUGGAGGAAUUAGCACGAAAACCACCCCCUCCGCUUCAGUGGAUAGGCAGUGAGGCUUGGAUCACACAUCCAGACUUUCUGCAUUUUAACAUUUGUGCCGGCGCUUUAGGUUUUAGCGUCCCCCGAUCAGUUAUUUCAGGUCUUCGUGAGUUUCUUCUAGACCUUUCUCCAGAACAAGCUUCCAAAUCAUCCGUGUUAACGGAAUUUUGGGAGAGCUCGUUCAGCUGUAGCCUAAAAGGGUGGACAGGCUCCUCAGAGUUCCUGCGGGAAUGUGACGGUAGUGAAGAUAUCCGCGUGCUACAGAACCCAUACACAGACACAUCUCAUCUGAGCAACACCAAUUUGGUGUACCAAGCUACGUAUGCCAUAGCGCAUGCUGUUCACGGAGUUAUCUGUGAUGACACACAAUGCGACAAAACUAAAGAAAUCGCACCAUGGCAGAUAUGCAACCAGCUCAAGAGAGUGAACUUCACCACAAAGAAUGGUUAUCAGGUCCACUUUGAUUCCAAUGGAGAUCCUGUAGCUGCCUAUGAACUUAUAAACUGGCAGUUUAAGAAAGAUGGCACUUUAGAUUUUGUGCCAGUUGGCUACUAUGACUCAUCCAUACCGAGAGGACAGGAGUUCAGAAUGAGCAGUGCUAUCAGCUGGAUGGGAGGACAGACAGAGGUUCCAGUGUCUGUGUGCAGUGAGAGCUGUCCUCCAGGCACCAGGAAGGCUGUGCAGAAGGGAAGGCCUGUCUGCUGCUUUGACUGUAUACCAUGUGCAGAGGGAGAAAUCAGUAACAAGACAGAUUCUCUGGAUUGUGUGCACUGCCCUCCUGAGUUCUGGCCCAGUGAAAAACAAGACAGCUGCCUCCCCAAACCUGUUGAGUUCCUGUCCUGGGACGAAACUUUAGGGAUUAUCCUGACAGUGUUGUCUGUUGUUGGAGCCUUUGUGUCUGUGUGCAUAGCUGUUGUCUUCUACAGACACAGGACGUCUCCCAUCGUCCGAGCCAACAACUCAGAGCUGAGCUUCCUGCUGCUCAUCUCUCUGACUUUGUGUUUCCUCUGUUCACUUACUUUCAUUGGUCGGCCCUCUGAGUGGUCUUGUAUGUUGCGCCACACAGUGUUUGGGAUCACCUUCGUCCUCUGCAUUUCCUGUGUGCUGGGUAAAACAAUAGUUGUGUUAAUGGCUUUCAGGGCUACAUUUCCAGGCAGUAAUGUCAUGAAAUGGUUUGGGCCUCCACAGCAGAGACUCAGUGUUCUUGCCUUCACACUCAUACAAGUUGUCAUUUGUGUAAUUUGGUUAAAAAUAUCUCCACCAUUCCCCUUCAAAAAUCUAAAACACUACAAGGAUAAAAUCAUUCUAGAAUGUCAUGUUGGAUCAAACAUUGGUUUUUGGGCUGUACUGGGAUAUAUAGGCUUCCUGGCUCUUUUGUGCUUUACUUUGGCUUUUCUAGCACGGAAGUUGCCUGAUAACUUUAAUGAAGCCAAAUUCAUCACAUUCAGCAUGCUCAUAUUCUGUGCAGUUUGGAUCACCUUUAUUCCAGCUUAUGUCAGCUCUCCUGGAAAAUUCACUGUAGCUGUGGAAAUAUUUGCAAUUCUGGCAUCAAGUUUUGGUUUGAUUAUUUGUAUUUUUGCUUCCAAGUGUUUCAUAAUUGUGUUUAGGCCAGAGCAGAAUACCAAGAAACACCUUAUGGGUAAAGUACCCUCAAAAGCUCUCUAAGACCCUUACUCAGAUAGAAAAUGUUAAUUAAAUGUAAAAGUAAACUGUAACCUCUUAUGAUAAUACCAACAUGGCCAUAGUAAAUCAACCUCACCCUCAAACCUUUAAUAAAAUCUUUGUUUAUUUGUGUAAAAGUGCAGUAUCAACAAGUCUGAUGAAUUUUCACAUUAUUGUCAAUAAAGCGCAUUUCAGAAUUUCUAGAUAAUCUUUCUAAAUAUCAAAUAAUUUGUGGUUUAAUUGU